AUGACUCCUGCUGCUGCUGGUUCAUCCACAGCAAGCGAGGGCCUGGCGUUUGUGAUCACUGCAGCAGCACCCCCGGGAACUGCAGCAGGGGUGGGGCUAGGAGGGGUGGGGAAGCGGAGUGUGGCGGUGGAGUUUGACUCGGUGCUGAGUGUGAAGCACAGCGACCCCAACGACAACCACGUGGGCGUCAAUGUGGCCGGCUCACCUGCGUCCCUCGCCUCUGCCACGGCCCCUCUCACCCUCAACGACGCCCACACCAAGCACGCCUGGAUCCACUACGACCCCACCAGCGGCGGCACUCUCCGAGUCUUCCUCUCAGCCUCCAGGCAGCAGCCGUCCAAGGCUGUGGUGACGGCGAGAGUGUCUCUGUGCAGCGCGCUCAAGCCGACCAUUGGCAAUGCCUCCUUCCUCUUCGGAUUUGUGGCCGCCUCAAACAACACUCAGAGGCACGACAUUCUGUGGUGGAACAUUGCCACAACACAGCCUCCGGUCAUCCCCUUCCCCCACUUGCACACUCUCCUCCCCCGCCGGCCUGCAGCCGACUCCUCAGCAUAUGCAGUGGUGGCGGCUGUGGAGGCAGCUUACAGCAUCGCAAGCAACUCGUAUAGUCCCCCCAGGCUCUCAGUGGACCAUCUUCGGCUGGCCCUGUCGUCCAACUGCGACGACAUGCCUCCGCGCGAUGUGCUGGCCUUCCUGGUGGCUGCCACGCGCAAGAGAGGGGGGCUCGUGGAUGAGGCAGCAGCAGCGGCCGCCAGUCCACACAGCAUGGCGUCCGCCGGCCGGCGGGAGAGACUGGCCGCGGUGAGUUGCAGCGACUG